AUAACGUCUUCUUGAUUUCCUAGUGGGGGCAAAGUAUCGGAUGAAAAGUAUAUUAAAUUUUUCUGGUUAAACUCGCACCCAACCCAACUCAAUCUACUACUUCCAAAAGGGGGAUGUACACGCAUCCGACCCAAAGUCGGAUCAACAUCAUGGUUUACCCCAAUUUGAUCAGGUCGGACUUGGUUAGAUACCCACAAAUCCGGAUUCAACUGAAGUUUCCAUUUUCUUCAGUCUAGUAAAAGAUUAAUCAACUGGAAAUCAAUUAGUGGCCGCCAAUUAUUUGUUGGCUGCAUAUGCAUACUGGAAACUUCGUAUGAAACAACUGCUAGGACCGUGCGUUAUGGUUCUUUAGUCCGCCAGAAUUGAGAAGAGAUGAGAGCCCAACAGCUGCAUGGUGAAAAUGACGCCAGUGAUGGUAAAAAUGAGUUCUGGCCGCAGGUUUCCAAUCGUCCCUUUCUUUCAUGCGGUCCAGUUACGUUUUGAAGACUUCCACGCUCGAUAGUUGCCUUGGACUAGUAGUUCACUUCUAAAUAAACAUAUGACAAGUCAUAGAUCGUUUCCACGGGAGACGUAUUGCUAGUGUUACAUUGACUCAAGAUAAUUAAAUUCUAUAACCAUCGUUUUCGUGGGAGACUUGCAAUUAAGCAUUUUUUUUUUUGGUACAUAGACUUGUUACAAGGCAUUACUAGAGGGUUGGGGAGGGGGAAAUGAGUGUCGUUUCUGAGAUUUGAAUCUGGGGGCUCCAGGCUGAAAACCAGCAGCACGAUCACUCAACUAUGACCUAGCUCGUUUGCUUGCAAUUAAGUAUCCUACUGACUAGAGAAGGCAAAAUAACUCAUUAUCGUGGGUAUCCAACCGAAUUCGAAUCAACUUGGUAGGGUAAGUUCUCACUCGGAAGCCACCUGAAUAUGUGCUUCAAGUUCAACUAUGGUUUAGAUUCACUCACGCUUCAACAUUUCGGUCAUCCAUAUCCGUCGAGUUUGUCCCUCUGUUAGAGAUGUUUGAGAAUUAAUGUCCGCGAUAGAAUAAAUAGCUCUAUGAUUAUGAAUGAACGGGUCGGAUCGAAUUGGAAAAUGAAAAGAUUUGUACAAGUUAGAAUUUGUUUCAAGUUAGAAUUAUUUUUCAAUUAGAAUUUGGGUCUUCUAGUUCAAUUUUUAUUCCCUUGCGUCAUUCAUUAAGUCCCAUAGGUUUGAUCCUGCAGAAUCUUGCUCAUUUUAAGUUGUUGUUGAGUUGCUUAUUAGAGUACUUAGUCGUUUGAUAUUAGCUGGAAUUUGGGAUCCAAAUUACAAUUACAUUGACGUGAAUGUUCUUAAAACUCUUUUCGAUCCAAUAAACUGAACCGGUCUCGACACACGCAUGUGGGAAACUUUGUCUGAAAACGCACGACUUCGUCAACGGUUACAUGCAUGAUGGGAGCUGUUCGCACAACGUACGUACGCCUUUGGACCACUGGUUUUAUUCCACGAGUCUGGACAAGAGAGAUGAGCCUUAACAGCUAGCUAUGCAUGAAAAUGAUGAAUACGGGCCGCAGGUUUCCAAUCCGAUCUCCACCAUUUAAUUGUUAUCAAAUUAAGAAGAAUGAUGUAUUUAUUAUUAUAUAAAUUAGCAGCAAGGCAAGCUCACUCAUAUACAUAUCUUGUCUGCCUCUUGUUGUUAGGUCUCAAAUAAAAGAGUGGUUUGUUAGUUAUCAAAGAACGAUGAGUUCUUCUUCACCAACUUGGUGGCUAUUUGCAGCUGCAGCUGUAGUAGUACUACUUCUUCAGCAGUCUUCCUUCCUUCCUGCUACUACAGCGGCGGCCUCCAGAAUCAUUCUGAGCAAUGAGACGGAUCGAAUGGCGUUGUUGGAGUUCAAGUCCAAGAUUCCCGGUGAUCCUUUGGGGGCUCUGAGCUCGUGGAACGAUUCCACUCACUUCUGUCUGUGGUACGGCGUGUCUUGUUCCAAAAGACAUGUCGGGAGAGUCCAGGUCCUCGAUCUCCGUUCUAUGGAACUCUCGGGGUCCAUCUCCCCACAUAUUGGCAAUCUCAGCUUCCUGAGAAACUUGGUUCUUCAUAACAACAGCCUGAGCGGUGGAAUUCCUUCUGAAAUCGGCCGCCUCCGCAGAUUGCAUGAGCUCAGACUCUCCUUCAACUCGCUCGAGGGUGAGAUCCCAUCUAACAUCUCUGAAUGCUCUGCCCUUACUAUAUUCAAUGUGUCGGUAAACAAAUUGGUGGGACAGCUACCAUGGCAGCUUGGAUCCUUGAGCAAACUCCAAAUUUUUUUUGGAGAAAACAACAAUCUAACAGGAAGCAUCCCCCACUCUUUUGGCAAUUUGUCAUCUCUAGUGGAAUUCGGCGCAGCAGAGAACCAUUUGAGUGGGAGAAUUCCUGAUUCUCUUGGCCAAUUGAAGAGUGUUCUAAAAUUGGGUCUCAUGUACAACAACUUACAUGGUGAGGUCCCUGCUUCCAUUUUCAACCUCUCUGCCCUUUUAACUCUAUCCUUUGGAUUCAAUCAGCUCCACGGCAAUCUUCCUAGAAACUUGGGAAUAUCACUUCCAAAUCUUCAAAUGUUAGAUGUGGCUCACAACCAAUUUAGUGGCAGUAUUCCAGCUUCCUUAUCCAAUGCCUCCAAUUUGGUUCUACUUCAACUGAAUACCAAUAAUUUCACCGGUAGCAUGCCUAGUAUGAGAAGCUCUAACAAACUUGAGGACUUUUACAUAUACAAAAACUCUCUUGGAAGUGGAGAAGCUAACGAUUUGAGUUUCCUCUCCUCUUUAACUAAUGCUAGUAGCUUGAAACGCUUGAUCAUCCAUGUGAAUCACUUUGGAGGCAAUUUACCGGAACAAAUUGGCAACUUGUCAAAAAAUUUGGAGAUGUUGAACGUUGCUUCUAAUGCAUUGGAAGGAAGCAUUCCAAGCGGGAUACAAAAUCUUGUCAACCUGCAAUGGUUGCAUGCAGCAUACAACAAACUUACAGGCACCAUCCCAUCCUUCAUCGGGAACAUGCAAACUCUACAACUAUUGGAUUUGAGUGGAAAUAGAAUUUCAGGAUCUAUUCCACCAACGUUUGGUAACCUGACCGAGUUGAUUUACUUGGUAUUAUCUGAUAACAGUCUAUGGGGAGAAAUUCCUCUUGUUUUGGAGAAUUGCCAGAGCUUGCUAUAUGUGGAGCUCGCAUACAACAACCUCAGUGGUGUGAUUCCCCCACAACUUGUAAUGAGUUCUUCCUCGUUAAUAUACUUAAACUUGUCUGAUAAUCAUCUUAGUGGCGCCCUUCCGGCUGAAGUAGGUGGGCUUUUAAAUUUGGAGGCAUUGGAUCUGUCUCGUAACAUGUUGUCAGGUAAAAUACCAACUUCUCUUGGUAGCUGCGCAAUAUUGGACUCAUUGUACUUGCAAGACAAUCUUCUCCAAGGAAUUAUUCCUUCUUCUCUUGGUUCAUUGAGAGGUAUUGAAGUACUGGACAUCUCCAGUAAUAACUUAUCUGGUCAAAUUCCAAAGUCGUUUGAAGGGAUGAAGCUUUUGCAACUUCUGAAUUUUUCUUUCAACAAUCUCGAGGGGGAAGUGCCAUCCAAUGGAGUCUUUAGGAAUGGCAGCAUCAUUUCAGUCGUCGGAAAUGACAAGCUCUGUGGUGGCAUGGCUGAACUUAACCUUCCACCUUGUAACCUCAUACAGAAAAAGAAGACAUUCUGGAGCCAUAAGUCGAUAAAAAUUGUCAUAUUGGCAGUCACCAGUCUAUUGUGUUUGGCAUUCAUGGGUUCUUGCUUGCUUAUCUUUUGGUUUAGGAAGAGAGGGAAACAAGCUACACUUUCCGUUGAUGAUUCACAACUGCUAUUGUCCUACCACGACCUCCAUAAAGCUACAGAUGGUUUCUCCGCGACAAAUCUUAUCGGUGUGGGAAGCUUUGGUUCCGUGUACAAAGGAUUCAUCGAAGCAAAUGGGAUUGGAAGCACUAUCGCGGUGAAGGUGUUCAACCUUCAGCGCAGCGGAGCUUCCAGGAGUUUUAUGGCAGAAUGUGCGGCUUUGAAGAACAUCAGGCACCGAAAUCUUUUGAGGAUACUCACAGUGUGUUCAGGCGUUGAUUAUCAAAUGGAUGACUUCAAGGCUCUCAUCUACGAGUUCUUGGCCAAUGGUAGUCUGGAAGACUGGUUGCAUCCAGUGGGAAGCAGUACAGAUGAGCCUCCAAGAAUCUUGAAUUUUCUCCAGAGGCUAAACGCCGCUAUAGAUGUUGCUACUGCAAUGGAUUAUCUUCACCAUCAAUGUGGAACGCCUAUUGUUCAUUGCGACCUGAAGCCGAACAAUGUGCUUCUUGACGAGGACAUGGUAGCCCAUGUUGGUGAUUUUGGGUUGGCAAGAUUCCUUCAAACAGUUGAUGAUCCCUCUCCACCAAGCCAUGGAUCAAGCUCCAUUGGUGUAAAGGGAACAGUUGGCUAUGCUCCUCCUGAAUAUGGUAUGGGAAAUAAAGUCUCAAUACGAGGUGAUGUCUACAGCUACGGAGUUCUCUUGCUUGAGAUAUUCACUGGAAGAAGACCGAUAGAUGAGAUUUUCAAGAAUGGCCUGAGCCUACAUGAUUUUGUUAGAAGUUCUCUAUUAGAAAAGCUAAUAGCAAAAGUUGUGGAUCCUUUUGUUCUCAAUGAACUGUCACUUGGCCAAGCAACCCAUUCCAAUGUCACUAGUAGCAGCAAUAGCUCAGAGGAAGCCAACUUCAACAAAAGCCACAUACUGGAGGAGGCUCUGAUUUCCAUUCUUGAAAUAGGCGUUGCUUGCUCUCUAGACUCCCCAGAAGAGAGGAUUACCAUGAGCGAAGUUGUAACUAGACUUGUCUCUUCGAAAAGGUUGCUCCGUGAUAAACUUGCUCGACGACAAAGGGGCAGGAGGUGAUGAUUAGCUUGCUUUGAUCGACAACUCUGAUAUAGGUGCUUAUUCAUAUAGAUGUUUCUUUCUGGAUUUAAGGAAUGUAUUUGGAGUUAUAUAAAAAAUGCAUGAAUUCAAAAUAAAGUUGAGUGUUUAGCAUAUGAAACUAGAGAAAUAUAAGAAAUCUUUGAAAAGGUGAGUACCUAGUGUUUAGCAUAUAUCCUUCUGGUGUAAAUUGUCAUGACUUGCUUGGGAGCGAUCUCGUAAGAGAACAAAGUUAAGAAUUCAAAGAUCAUCUGCAGAAGAUUAGUAGGGAAUAUGAAUCCUAAUUACUGACAGAAACCCACAAUUACUCACAAAGUAAUCACAGUUUUGUAGAGUCCACAUCCCUGACAAUUGAAGAAAAGUUAGAAAGUGAAAAAAAUGGAAGAAAAAAGUGUUGGGGGGAUUGGGAAAUAACACAAAACUAAUCGCAGUUAUAUAGAGUCCUUAUUGUAAAGAAGUGGUUAAACUAAAAUAUACAGACAUUUCCUAAUAACUCGAAUUAUUGGAACAAGUUGAUUUAUAAUAUGAUAUCAGAGCUAGAUUUUGUUUAAGGUCACGUGCCCAUGUUUUCACGACCUCCAAUAUUAGUAUGUCUUUAAAGCAAAUGAUAUGCCGGGAUUCUGAAAACUUUAAGCUCAUGACUUUCAUUUGAGUGGUGUGUAAGAAAAUGAUUAAGUACUAGAUAAAUGGCCCGUGCUACGCGCCGGGUAUCUCCAUAUACCAUUAUUUGGAUUUUUCGGUGAUUGAGAAUAUGUCUUUAUAGCAGUGUUAUAAUGUCGCUGGCAUGUCGGCUGGUUGAAUAAUCGGUAUUAGUUAUGAAAUCGAUAUGAAUACCACCGUGUAUAACAUGCAUGAUUGAUUUCUGACAUUUAAACAGUCGUUUUAGUGAAUUUAAUCGAUAAAAAUUUAACUUUUUAUUUAUUUCGUGAAUUAGAAAGUUAAAUGUUGAUGCUAUUUGUUAAAUUCAAGAAUAACUGUCUUGAAAUAUGCUUUAUAUAUGCUUAAAUUCACUUGAUGUGAAAUGAUUUUUCACAUUUCUACAUAUUUUGUUAAACCGUUAUGAACCUGUUGGACUCCGUUGGAACCGCUACCACCUGCUAUAUCGACACAACGAAAUAAACCUGUUUGCAACGUACAACUGAAAAAUACAUGGAAGAUUUAAAGGUGAGAUAACAAUUAGGAUGUAAUUUUAGAAAGGAACGGAGUUGAGAGAAGUGAUUUUAUCAUCCUAUUACAUCAUCACCCUACAAAGUCUUUCAUCUCACAAACUAAAUUCCCAAUGAUUCCUGUGUAUACAUCCACCCAAGCAAUUAUGUCAAUAUUCACCAAAUGCUUGAGUAAUCACUAAUUCACUAUCAUCUGGAUAUAAUACGAUUUUACAUAGUGGAUGAGGACAUUAAUAAUGUUUAUCAAUAUACGAUCUCUAUUCACUUAAUGGAGAGUCCUACGGUGCAUCCGCGUGGUGUGCAUGGGCUUGCGGUGCACCUUAGCACAUACUACUGGACCCCUUAUAUCAUACUUACGCUAUUUAUUAUCUAACUAGAAAAUUGGCCCGCGCUUUGCGGCGGGUACCGAUCAAUUAAUAUUGAAAAUUAAUAUAGUCCUUAGAUGGAGGUGAACAUCUUAAGUGGUUUGAGAAGAUUUGUGUGUUAACCUGAGACACUAACUGUUGUAAUUAACUUCACAAUCUCCUUAGGAAAUUUCAUAGGAUUUUGGAAUAAAUAGUUUAAUUUACAAUAUACAACAUGACUUCAAAUUUGAAUAGUACAAUGUAUGAUAAUAGAGUAUGGUAUUUCCUAGGUAAUUAUUGAUUCGUGAUUUGUAGAGAAGGCAAAUCGAUUGGAUUCAUGGAUUGGUAGAUCUAUGGAUCAAAUGGAUUGGUGGAUUGAUCCAUGAAUCCAAAUAAAAUCCAAGUUUUGACCAAUAUGUAAAUUUUGAGAAGUUUAGGUGCUAAAAUCAUACAAUAAAAGUUUAGGUACUAA